AUGACGAGUUGGGCGGAUAUCCAGCGUCUGGCGUCGGAUCUUCAGCGCGUCCAGCUCUCCCAGUCGUCGAAAAAGUGUUUUAUUUCAUCUGAAAGUCUCUGGAAAGUCUUUUUAGGCUUUCUGAAGCGAAUUGUGUGGAAGUGGUGACGAAACUAAUCGAAAAGUCGCUCAUCAAUGUGGUUUUCACGCGAGACGGCCAAUCCUACAUAACGAAGAAGCAUUUGGAAACUGAAGUUGGAGAAUUGUCGUGCUUUUGAUCAUUUCCAUCUACACCAGGUGAAAAACGAAUGCGUUGCGGCUGGAGGUCGCGCUCCCUUGACCGACAUCGCGACUUCGCUCAACGUCGACUUCGAUCAUGUCGACCGAAUCGCCAAACUUGUCGUUGUUGAAGACUCAGCCUACACUCUCUCCAAUGGAGAGAUUUUCGCGACGUUUCCUUCGAUAUUUGAGCUCCUCAGGAGAAUUGGUCUUGAAGGGAAUACGUCCACCAAUUGCAAAGCGAACUUCGCAAUCUGCUGGAGGAACACGGCAGCCAGACGCUUGCUUCGCUCUGCAAGCAAUGGGACUUGUCCCAGGUUCGAUUUGUACCAAUCAACAUUUGUACCAAUCUACUGUAUCAAUCGAGUUCGAAUAAUUUUUGGAAGAUUUUCUGUAACUAUAGUCGAUUUUAUCAAAAAUUUUUUAGACUUGAUUUUUUUUUUGAAGUGAGCUUGUGAUUUCUGAUAAAAAUGUAAAUUAUUUUAUCCGCGUAAAAAACGAGAAAUAAAGCGACAGAUAAUAGAAACUCGAGUUAUUUACUUUCUGAAAUAGACCUUGUUUGUUCGUUUCAUAGCUAAUGUUUCCAGGAACUACUGCAGUCUCUUCUUCUCAGCAAAUUGCCACAAGACUUCAACGGAGUGAUCGAUGGAGACACGAUCUACACGAAAGAGUUCCUCAACAGCCGGAAAAUGUUGCUUCGCGCUGUCCUUGUCGCCAUUACUAAGUCGGCUUCACUCCUCUUUCCUCCAGAAAAAAACUUUCAGAGUCACGCCUAUCAGUACGAUCCAACAGAGAGUCGCCCUGACCCCGAAGAGAUUCUGGAUGGCUAUGGAUGAGCUAAUAGAAGAGGCAGAGGUCGGUUCAGAUCGAUCUCCUCAAAAACUGGAAUUCGCAGGUUCCCGGUCGGAUCGUCGGCUCCAGAACCUCUCCCUCGUGUCAUUACUCGCCCUUUGUGCACGAAAUGCUCGUCAACAUCUGUGUUCAGAACUCUCUCCGACAGAAUGAAUAUCUUCGUUUGUUACUACUCGGAAGGCAAUUUUCGAAGUGCAACUUUUGAAGAACUCGGCGAGUUGAAGAAAUUGGGAGUCGACGGCGUGAAUGGAGUCGGGCAAAUUUUGGGCAAACAAGCGCCGAAACUUUUUGCGUUUUCUUCAUUACUUCUAACUGAAAGCCUCCACGAACAAUGUGCCGCGGCUGUCAAAGGUGGGCCGCAGAUGAAAUCGAAAUUUGAAUCAAAUAGCUUCGGGAAUUUUAUUUACGAAAUGUUUUGUCCGCGGUUUUCUUCUACUCUUUUGUCAGUUAAAAGACAAAAGACUCCAGCGCGUGAUUUUUGAGACUGAGUCAUUUUUCACUUUCAGUUGAGUUGGGAUUUUUUUUCAGAAGAGCUCCAAAAGUCGAAAAUUUGUGAGGUCCGAAGCGUCCUUCAGGCGAUGGAUAUUCCUGUGGAUGAUGCUGACGCCGACAAAUUCGGAGAAGCGUUCGCUUCGAGGGAAAAUGUUUGCUUUAUUAUUUCUGUCUGGGCUUAGUUUCUAUCGAUUAUCAAUUUCAACUAAGGGCAGCUUAUAAUCUUAAGAAGUUCAUUGAAAUUUCGGAUAAAGAGAGCUUUGGUUAUAUUGAUAUAGAAUCGAUUCAGAAUGUUUUGUUCGCCGAAGGUUUCUUGUUUUCGAACAAUUUGCUGAGCGAUGCGACGGCAGCUCUUGAAGAGCAGAUUGAGAAAAAAGCUCAUGAAGAGGUUUCUCUUUUUCUUGUAAAGAAAUCACGAAUAAUUAAUUUCAGUUGGACCGUAUCGAGAAGGAGAAAAAAACUGGUUCUGGUGGCAAAACUACUAAGAAAACUGAGGUUUUUACCAGGGACUAUCUCUUUUUUUUCUAUACCAUCUUCAGGACGACGAAGACUGGGGCGAUGGGAAGAAAGGAGGAAAGAAAAAAGGGAAAUCUGCCGGCGGCGGAAAGGCGGCAAAGCCAAAAGGAGCCGAGAAAAAUGAACCAUCAAGUCAUAGUGUUGCCAUUUCUUCGGAGGUUCCGCUUUAGAAGAUACCUCCUGAAGCUGGAAGAGAUUCAGGAGCUUGAACAGUGGCUGAGAGAUGGAGCUGUCGUUCCCGAAGAGAUUCUGGAUACCGUCGUCGACCGGAUCUCUUCUGAUGUGAGUGAAGGCAGAAAAGAUUCAAGAUGAAAGAUUUUUGAGUAGGAAAAAGCCAGCUGGUCAAUUAUCUAAAAACUUUUAUGUAAAACUGAAAUUUCACAAUACAUUUUAAUGUUUUUGUAGGUGACAGGUCAGCUGAGAAAACGCGUCGCGGAGCUGGCCGCGACUCAGCUGACGGCGAACGCGCAGUCGCAGAAGCGAAACCUCGCAGCGAUCGCCGAUCGCGCCCAGCAGAUCUACACUUCUUUCUGUUCUUUCGAGGCUUCAACAGAAAGCUUCGUAGGUCUCAGAGGAAUAUCUUUUCCAUGAAAGCGGAACUUUUUUUCAGAUCCUUUACAGUUCGACUUGAAAAAGUAUCUUCUGCGGAACGUCGGCGUCGAGCUUGCCAAUGGUGUACUCGCCUACGUCACAGGCAUCGACAAUGCUCACCAACUCAAGGAGAAGGUUCGUUGCAAUCUGAGGAGUUCAACAGAGAAUCGAAUGCUCUAUUUUCAGCAGAAAGAGGAAACUAUCGAAGAACUGCCUGACGUUGUUCGGGAGCCACUCAAAAAGCUUUUUUCGUCGGUCAAGGCUGAGUCCCUCGACGAUUUUCACGACGCCGUACACGACUGCAGCUUGUCGUCGACUAUAGGAAUCCGCAAGGCCGACAAGAAAGCCAGGUUUGCUUCUGAUUUCAACUCCCUUUGAGUAUACUGAAAGGAAAGGAAGAAAUUGCGGCCAAUUGAUAUAGUUAAUAUUUCUCUGUCAGCAUUUUCCCUUCUCCCGAAAAGUCAAGUCGCUUGAGACUUUGAGACUUCUCUGAUGUAUUCUCUAGAACACCAGACAACAGCCGAAAAGAAAAUUCCCUACUUUCGUUUCCGAGUCAAGUCAUGGUCGUCUGUUAACAUAAAUUCUACAGUUAAAAGCACUUCAAGAAAUGCAUACUUCAGAGUUUCUUGGCACGACUUAUCAUAUAAUUAUCAAUCCGAAAGGUUGACCUAUAAUCCGUAUACUACUCUUUUAAAUAUUCCUACAAAUCGAAAAAUAAAUUGGAAUUUUUUUCAUAAUCGGUUGAUAGGUCAACGAAUUGAUAAUUACCAUAUUCGUAAAGAAUUAAUUCGAUUUAAAAUAGGCCAAAUUUCAUGAAUUUCUCAAGAUUUUUUCAUUUUUUUCAUCUACUUUCCUCAAGGUUUUAUAGCUCAAAGUUUUCCGAGCAUUAUAAUGUGGAGAUGAAAGUAAUGACCUGACAGGAGUGAUUUCAACGCGAAAUUGCUCUCGGACCUGCGACAACAAGUCGAAGAACAGAAGGAGCCGGCGGCAUGUCUGCUGCUCGUCGUGCUCUUUUUCUUCGCUAAGGCCGGAAAACCGUUGACGGCCAGUGGCAAAUUCGUCGCUUCCCUCAUUCCUCAGCUCCAGGAGUCCUGUACCGAGGUUGGUUCUUUGACACCUUUUCAGCUCAGAACAUAGUAAAAACAAUUCUUGUUCGCUCACAGACAAAUUUGUGGCGUGGAAGAGCUUUUGCUUAAAACCGUUAAUCUUAAGACUCAAGAAGAAGCUCCAGUAUGAGAAUUAAGGAGACGAUGAAUCUUCUGACCUCCUGUCAGAAGUUGGUGGUGACGUGCAUGAAGAACAAGGACAACGAGGACGACAAAAAGCUCCUCGACGAGGCCAUUCUUUCUUUGAAAAAUUUGGAUCGUAAUUAG